AUGACUUUCAGAUCCUGUAAGUCUCUAUCACCCAUCUUUCAUUUCAUAUACGACACUCACAGAAUCAAACAAAAUACACCCACAUUUUUUCGUUUUUUUGAAACCCAAUCAAUUGCAAGCAACUCAAAUUUCACUGAGAAACAAGCUUUCACGAUCUCUUACCUCACAAAGUCAUGUGGGUUGUCUCUAGAAUCUGCUAUCUCAGCUUCUAAGAAGAUCAACAUUAAGAGCACAGAGAAACCGGACUCGGUUCUUGAGCUCCUAAGGUCGCAUGCCUUCACUGAAAAACACAUUUCACGCCUAAUUUCUACAUACCCAACUUUAAUUUUGGCUGAUCCAGAGAGAACUUUGAGACCCAAAAUUGAGUAUUUUGAAUCUUUGGGUAUUGUAGGACCUGAUUUGCCUAGGAUUCUUUGUUCAAAUAGCGUCUUAAGGAGCAGUUUAGAAAACCAAAUCAAACCCACAUGUGAUUUCCUUAAACGAUACAUAAGGACCAAUGAGAAUUUAAUUUGUGCUCUCAAACGAUGUAGCCGUGUGUUACAGUUCAAUGUUGAAAAAGUUAUGGUGCCAAAUAUCUACACCUUGAGGGCUCAUAGUGUGCCUGAAUCCCAUAUUGGGAAAAUGAUCAUCUUAAAGCCUUGCGCACUAAUGUUGAGUGUUGAUGUGUUUAAAGAGGUUACUGAUGCAAUUAAGGAAAUGGGUUUUGAUCCCAAAACACGAUCAUUCUUAUUGGCUGUCAGUUUAAUGUCGGCAAUUAGCAAACUCAAUUGGGAGAAGAAGAAGGAAGCUUAUAUGAGCUUUGGUUGGUCUGAAAGCGAUUUUAAUUCGGCAUUCAAAUUGGAACCGCUGUGUAUGAUUUCCUCAGAGAAGAAGAUUAGGAAACUCAUGGAUUUCUUCGUAAACAAGGCGGGGUUAAGAGCAUCAGAGAUUGCUAAAUGCCCAUAUCUUUUUAAAUUUAGUUUGGAAAGUAGAAUCAUUCCAAGAUGUUCUGUUCUGCAAGUUCUAAUGUCAAAGGGUUUGAUUAGGAAGGAGGUAGAAUUGGUUUGGGCGUUAACUUUUAACAAAAAGUAUUUUGAGACCAGGUUUCUGACCAAGUAUAAGGAGGUAGCUCCUGAGGUAAUAAAAGCGUAUGAGGGUGAGAUAGGAUUUGAAGGAUUCAAUACUAGAUUGUAG